AAAGGGGGCCGGCGAGCGCGGUUUGUCACAUCGUUUGUGGCCCUGGGUGCGAGACAAGGAGAGAUGGCCCUGUGUCCUGUGCUGUGUCUGUCCGUGCUACUGCUUGCAUCCCAGUGUGGGACGUCCCGGGUUGGCAUCGUGGGCGGCCGUGAGGCAGCCGCCCAUUCCCGGCCCUACAUGGCCUCCCUCCAGGAAAACGGAACCAACCUCUGCGGGGGAGUCCUGGUGCGGGAGGACUUCGUGCUGACAGCCGCUCACUGCGCCGGGGUGCAGCGCGUCGUCCUGGGUGCCCACUCGCUGGUCAGCAAAGAGGAGGGCCGGCAGGUGUUCGCUGUGCGCCAGUCCUUCCUUCACCCACUGUACCCGAAGGACUCCCUGCACCAUGACAUCAUGCUGCUGAAGCUGGACGGGAAGGCGGCCCUGAACGAGCGCGUGCAGGCCAUCCCCCUGAAGCACAGCCAGCUGCUGGCCCCGGGCACCGUGUGCAGCACGGCGGGCUGGGGGGACGCGUACGACAACGACACCUAUCCCGGCGUGCUGCAGGAGGUCAACACCACGGUCAUCAGCCAGAGCGAGUGCAGCGGGCGCUGGGCGGCGUACUACAACGUCACCGACCGCCAGGUGUGCGCCGCGGUGGAGGGGGAGACGCGGGGCUUCUGCUCGGGGGACUCCGGCGGCCCGCUGAUUUGCAACGGCAGGGCGGUGGGCGUGAUCUCCUUCUCGGGCCCGCGGUGUGGCGACCCCCGGCACCCCGACAUCUACACGCGCGUUGCCAGCUUCCGGGAAUGGAUUAUAGAUAUCCUGAGUAGAAAUUGAACCCCGCGGGUGCCAGUGUCAACGAUGAAAAUACGAAUAAAAGCAGAUCAGGAGUGGUGGUG